CCGGAAAAGAUGCGUGAUGCUGCACAUCAUGCACGUACACGUACUCUACGUUACGACGCCGCGCAGUCGCGGGUCCGUCGUCGUCUCUCUCGCGCUCGCGUCGUAGUCGUAGUCGCAGCCACAGUGGCACAGCCUGCAUGGACACGGCAAUAAAGGUAGCGUCCGGGGGGCCAAAGGUUUAGCGAGGGCAGAAAAGACCCCUGUCCUCCUGCGACUGCGACGAUCCGUCCAGGUCCAGGUCCGGUAGCCAUCCAUCCAUCCGUCGCGGGCCGGCCGUCCGGCUCCGGCCGAUCCCUUUGGCUUUAAUGCAGCCUUUUUGUCCCUUAAAAAGCUACCACCAGCCGCUCCAUCCCGCCUUCCUUCGGUCACGCACGCCUCGCCUUCCCUCCUCUUGCUCUCGCUCCUUGCUUGCUUGCUCACCUAGCUUUGUCAUGGCGGCGUCCCGCUCGCCCAAGGUCGUGAGACAGGCAGCGGCCGCGACCUGCGUCGUGGACGACAACACCACGUUCGUGCAGGCCGACCCGGCCACGUUCCGCGCGCUCGUGCAGAAGCUCACGGGCGCGGCACCAGCAGCAGCAGCAGGCGGGACGACAGCGGCGGCGGAGAAGCUGCCGGCAAAGCCGCAGGAGGACGAGGCGGCGGCGGUGACCAUCGCGCACGCGCCGCCGCCGCCGCCGCCGCCGCCGAGGCGGCCGAAGCUGCAAGAGAGGCGGCGCGCGGCUCCGGCCAGGCUGGAGCUGGCGCGGCCGCAGCUGCCAUCGUCGUCGUCGUCGUUCUACUACUACCACCACCACGCUCACGCCCACGCCCACCACCACAGCGCCCACGGGCUGAUGCACUCGCCGGUGUCGCCCAUGGACGCGUACUUGGUGCUGGCGGCAGCGUCCGCGUCGCCGUCGCUAUCGUCGUCCUCUUCCAUGACGCCGUCGCCGCACUCGUCGUCGCCGUCGUGCGGCGGGGCGGGGGUGGUGAUGAUAAGCCGGGAGGAGGAGGAGCGGGAGGAGAAGGCCAUCGCGUCAAAGAGCUUCUACCUGCACGCGUCGCCCCGGGCCGGCGACGGCGACCGGCCCAAGCUGCUGCCGCUGUUCCCCGUCCACUCCCCCAGGAUCAAUGAACUCCGGCGAGCCUAGCUAGCUAGCUAGUGUCAUGCGUGUUGACUGUUAAUCCACCGUCAGUCUCUCCAUAUAUGUUUACAUGUACCGCCUAUAUAUUUGUGCAAGCUAGAAUUAGAUGAUGGUCCAUGUAUGCAACGUGUACGCUUGUUAAUUAGCCGAUCUUGUUAGCUAGGCUUUAAUUCGUAGAUCUCUAAUUAAUCCUCUACGUACGUACUAUUCCCAUAUCUGAAUCUAAUCACGCGUGAAAUGUGUCUCCUGUCUUGUGUGGUGGGUCAUGUUGUCUUGUGUUCCACUAGCACUAGCAGCUAGCAGGUCAACUUCGUCUGAUCCUGGAAUUGGAAUGGAA